AUGGGGGACGGGGCUGAGCCGUUCCACCGCCGCUCCUCCUUCCACCAGAUCCAGCUCUCCCACCAGUUUGACAAGAAUUCCUGGGAGGCACCACCGUCCAAGACUAUCUAUGCCGGACUGUCCGCCUUGUUCGAGAGCGAUGGGGUGACCGUCGCUCUGGCCAUUCGCGAUACCACCUAUCUUCUAGAUUUCCACCAGCAGGACCUCGUCGCAGAAGGAGACCGCACCAUAUGCACGGCGAUCACCGACUAUGUGCUGAAGCAGUUGUCGGACUAUAGCGAGGAGCAUCUGGAGAAGUUCAUCGGGCUGGCGAUGCCCACCUCGGUAGCCCAGAAGUGCCCGGCUCUUUGCUCACGUCUCUGGGCCGACCUCGAUGUCAUCCCGCUGGUGCUGCCAGAGGAGAGUAACAUCGGGUCCGAUCACCUCGUCGAUCAUCCCCUGCGCAGGUCCACCAACUGGGAGCUGAAGAGCAUCGACGAGCAGGCGGAGUCGAUGGGCCGAAAAUGCGUCAGGCUGUUUGGUCCGGAAAACAUCCCCUUGCUACAGGUCGGGUUCUUGGGCUUGGUCGAGGUCGACACCGCCUUCCAUGUGCGCCUCACCAGGCUGGAGGACUUCCAGAAGACGGUCACCCAGAAGACCUGGGAUGCGGUGCAGUAUUAUGCCGACGACCUCAAGAAGCGAAGCACCAAGAUUGCCUUCUUCAGUGCGACCCCUCAGGGUGGAGGCGUGGCCCUCAUGCGGCACGCUCUGGAGAGGUUUUCCCAUUCGCUCGGAACGGACAUUAAGUGGUAUGUCCCGAAGCCGCGACCUGGCGUGUUUCGCAUCACCAAGAACAACCACAACAUCCUGCAAGGCGUGGCCCCCCCGGAUGAGCGCCUGAGCAGCGAGGACUGGGACAAGGUCAUCGACUGGAUCAACGAGAAUGCGAAGCGAUACUGGCUCUCGCCGGGUGGCCCUCUGCGGCACCCGUCCGAGGGAGGCGCCGACGUGAUCAUCGUCGAUGAUCCGCAGAUGCCCGCCUUGAUCCCCAUCGCCAAACAGAUGGCACCUGACCGACCAGUCAUAUUCCGUAGUCACAUCCAGAUCCGCAGCGAUCUGAUCGAUCAGCCCGGGUCCCCGCAGGCAGAAGCGUGGGGCUGGAUCUGGAAGCAGGCGCAGCUUGCGGAUCUAUUCAUCAGCCACCCCGUGAGCAUCUUCGUGCCGAGCGAUGUUCCCUCCGAGAAGGUUGGGUACAUGCCUGCUUCGACAGACUGGCUGGAUGGUCUGAACAAGCAUAUGCGUGAAUGGGAUGUCGCCUACUAUGGCCGUGUCUUCAACACCGUGUGCAGAAACACGAGCAUGAUGACCAUCAACUACCCCCAAGAUGAUUACAUUGUCCAGGUUGCUCGAUUCGACCCGUCCAAGGGGAUCUUCGACGUUGUGGACUCGUACAACAAGUUCUACAAACGAUUCACAGCCGCGCUGCCCGACAAAAUCCCACCCAAGCUGUUGAUCUGCGGACAUGGCUCGGUCGACGACCCGGACGGCUCCGUGAUCUACGACUCAGUGCUCAGCUACAUCGAGAAAGACCUGCAAGACAUCGCGGACAAAAUCUGCGUCGCCCGACUCGGCCCCUCCGACCAGGUGCUCAACGCCCUCCUGUCAAAGGCCAAGGUGGCGCUGCAGCUGUCCACCCGCGAAGGCUUCGAAGUCAAGGUGUCCGAGGCCAUCCACAAGGGCACGCCCGUGAUUGCCACCAAGGCCGGCGGCAUCCCACUGCAGGUCGCCGACAAGCAGAACGGCUUCCUGGUAGAGGUAGGCGAUACGGACGCGGUCGCGCAGCACCUGUUCGACCUGUGCACGGACGACGAGCUGUACGAGCGGACGAAGAAAUUCGCGCUCGAGCACGUGUGCGACGAGGUCAGCACGGUCGGCAACGCGCUGAACUGGCUAUAUCUCGCGUCGAAGCUGUCGAAGAGCGAGCCCGUCAAGCCGAACAAGCAGUGGAUCAAUGACAUGGCGCGCACCGAGGCCGGCCAGGAAUACACAACGGAGGAGAACCGCCUGCGUCGGAUCUCGUUGUAAUGGCAGAACUGCAAGACCAUCUCCCAUCUCAUGUCUAUCCCAUCUCCAUAAUGUC